AUGGGGCAGGUAUUUAUUGGCGUCUUUACGGCCGUAUUUGUACUGAAGACUGCACCUCCCCAUGGAGGAACAUUUAAUUGGGAUGCAGGGCAUGUGGAAGAAACUUGCGAGCAUACUUGUGGUAUCAAAGAGAUGUUGAUCACUGUAGCGGGCGCCGAGAGUUUGACUGCAGAAUCGGUACACUUGAUGAAGGCACAGGAGGGCUUGGCCUUGGAAUACCUCGAAUACUACAAACUGAUAACGGUCCACCAUUCAAUUGUGAACAAUUCCAAACCUAAACCUUUGCUGAAGAAAUGGGAUUUCACCACAAGCGAGUAA